AUGGAGGGUAAGUACAACAGCGGGGACCACAUGAGCGACCACCACCACAACAGCAACAACCACAACAGCAACAGCUACGGAGAGAACGAGUCCGCCAAUCACGACGGCAAGAACGACAACACCAACGAUGACAAGAACAACAACAACAACAAGAACGACGACGACGACAAGAACAACAACAGCGACAGAUACGAAGGUGGCCGCCGCACCAGCGAUUACCACAAGAGCGGUGGCUAUGGAGAGGGCAAAACGGGGAUGGAGAGGGGUACAACGGCGACCACCACAACAGCGGUAGCUACGAGAAGUGGUAGCUACAACAACGGCACCUUUAACCAAGGCAUGAACAGACACCUUUCCAUCAAAUUGUCUUCCAACUCCUUUUUUCGACAAGCUUCCGACUACGAAACUGUUGGGAUGCAGUAG